UAACCAAUUACUCCCACUACUUACUCGAGUUAUUGAAAGAUAUUCAAUUGUAAAUCAUAUAUACCAUUUAUUAACCGUUACAUUACAUGUUGCUAAAUGCUAGAGGCUAGUCCUCGUUUUGCUACUAGCUCCAAUGGCCUAUCGGACUCGUGGGUUCAACUUACGAACUGUCAUCUCACCUAUGCAUUUAUGAUCGCUAACCGCCAAGUCUCUUCUCCCUUUCCCCUCUCCAGCUCCCUCAACUGCCGGCUCUCAUCCUCGCCGAUCGCCAUGCCAGCCCCUUUACCUUCUCUCCGAAGAUCUUCACACUCACUCCGUCAAAUCUCCGGUCUUCAUUAUCGCCAACUCUCCAGCUCUCCUGCGCCGUCCUCCUCCGUGUCUACACUGAGUUUGGCCGACACCGCUGGUUCCGGCGCUUCCUCUAACUCUCCGCUUAACGAGAAUCCAGGGAAUAGAUCCCUGCUCAAGUGGAUUUCCGCCGCCGCAUCCGCCGUAAGUUUCAGCGGAUUAUACUACUGGUCACCGCCUCUUGAUCCCGAUCACACCGAUUUUCAUCUCUUAAAGACGCAGCUGUCGUCCCUCUUUGACCGGUCAACUGCUGUAGCGUGCGGCGAUGAAACUCUAGCUACUUCCGUCGGCGACUAUCGUCCAAAAUCCUCCUUGUUUCAUAAACUUUCUUUACCGGAGUAUAAAUCGAAAUUCCUCGUCGGAGAUUCGUACAGGAGAAAGGUUUUCUUCAAGUACGAGAAACGAAUAAGGCUGCGGAGUCCACCGGAGAAGGUGUUCGAGUAUUUCGCGUCGCACAAAGCUCCGAAUGGAGAACUGUUCAUGACGGCGGAUGAUUUGAUGCGAGCAGUUGUUCCCGUUUUCCCUCCAUCCGAAUCCAACCUAAUUAGAGAAGGCUAUUUGACAGGGGAAAGGAGCCCCGGGGAAUUGCGCUGUGCUCCUUCUGAGUUCUUCAUGCUUUUUGAUGUGAACAAUGAUGGCCUUAUCUCUUUCAAAGAGGAGAUCGACGAGGAAGAGUUUAAGAAAGUGAUGGCAUUGAUGCGAGCUCAUAACAGGCAAGUUGCAGUACAUAAGGAUGGACUAAGGACAGGGUUUAAGGUUAGUGGUUGUGUGGAGAAUGGAGGUUUGGUGGACUACUUCUUUGGCAGUGAUGGAACUAAACGGCUCCAAUGUGAUAACUUCAUGCAAUUCAUGACGAAUUUACAGGAUGAGAUAUUGAGACUGGAGUUUGCUCACUAUGACUACAAAUCACGAGGGACCUUAUUGGCCAAGGAUUUUGCAUUUUCCAUGGUGGCUUCUGCUGACUUGGGCCAUUUAGACAAGUUACUUGGUCGGGUGGAGAAUUUAGACAAUGACGUGAACCUUCGGGAGAUGCAAAUAACUUUCGAGGAAUUCAAAAACUUUGCGGAGUUGCGUAAGCAGCUAAGGCCAUUCUCUUUGGCUCUUUUCAGUUACGGGAAAGUAAAUGGCCUUCUAACCAAGGAGGAUUUCCAACGAGCUGCGUCUCAGGUUUGGAACAUUCCACUAUCUGAUAAUGUGGUCGAUAUCAUAUUCCAUGUGUUUGACAUUGACCGUGAUGGACAUCUAUGCUCAAAGGAGUUUGUAAGAGUACUGCACAGACGCGAAAGGGACAUUGCUCACCCCAUGGAAACGGGAAUGAUGGGACUUCUAUCGUGCUUAUUCGAAUGGUCCCCUAACUCUUUUGAACGUCUGGUUUCUUAACUUUGAUUUUAUGAUAAUUCUUGAAGCCUUGGGGGGAACGUCUUACUCUUACAGGUGAGGUUAGGCUUUUUUCUUUUCCUUUUCGAACUUUGCGGUUGUCUACUAGAGUGAAUUUUAUGGUAGUAGAAUGUAUAAGAGCAGGAUCCAAACAAGUUCCUCAUGUGGAUCGAGUAGGAGUUGCUGGCCAUGGGCUGCGUGACUCAGCUGUUGAUCCUCACAUAUUGUCUAACUAAAGCUGUUGUUGUACUCGCCAAUAUAUUUGUGUAAUAAACUGUAAUUGUAGUAUUGUACACUUGAAUUGUGCACUUUGUACAUCAACUAGUUUCACGUUACGUGCACCCGUUACCUUUACCUUCCUCGC